ACGACAUCAUUAACGACGCCAUCCACGUUCCUUUUCUUCCCUUCUUCUACGCGUGCUGCUGCCUGUUUCGAAAGUAUCUGCAUGCGAAAGUACUUAACGACCCAUUUACCCCGCCAAUUCGUCUUCCAGUCGCUUUUAGUCUCGCUUCUUAGUUCACCUGCAACGCGUUCGCGAUGAUCGCACGCCAGCCACCGAUCGCGAUAUAACACUGACCACCACCCUUCUAUCCACGACAACCUUCCCAUCCCCUCUCCAACACGGCCAGCCUAUCCUUUGUCAACUCAAUAGGUAGCCAUGUCGACACCAUCUGGUACUACGCCGGAUCUCGGUGCUUCACAGCACGCCCACACACCGUCCGUCACCGAGGAUAGCACCAUGGACGAAAUCCCGCGCAGGCAAAUGCGAGUCAAGGUACUCUACACGUUCGACGAUCAGAACAAGUCGAAUUGUCUGGCCCGUCUGCCAAGCGUGCUGAAUGUGCCUGUCGUAUCGCUGGACGAAACUACCGAAGUGGGAGUCAUCGAACUCAAGACCUGCAUUCAGGCUAUUGUAGCUGCAAGUCCUGAGCUCGUGGCCAAACUAGGUCAUGAUUUCACCGUAUACGCUUACGAUUUUUCCGAGUACGAAACGCCGCUGGUAGGCCAAGGCAUGCUGUCAUGGAUUCUUGCCUCAGCAUCGUCCACUCCUAAUGCCCCUGCCAAAGAUUCCCAAACCAUGGUCACAGGUCGCGUGUGCAAAAAUAUUCUUGGCAUCUUUUCGAAUGGGGUCAAAGAGACUCUAGAGGUCAAACUGAAGCUGGUGCCUGUUCCGACAUGCAUGCAAAAGGAAUACGUGGAGAACAUGGAGCGGUAUCACAGUCUCAGUCAGCUGAUGCCUGAAGGUUUCGACUACAACGCCUGGUCCGACUUUCUAAGAGAGAAUCCAACAUUAGGUCAUUUGGCCCAACCAAGCCCAUACCCUGCACAGCCUUCGCCACGACCUUCCAUUGGUGGUGUUGAGCCAUUCCACCAGAUGCUCACACGCCAUAGCCCGUCCCAGGAGCCACCCCGGAAUGACUCCUUUUAUGAUCAGUCCAACAUGUCUUUCAUGUCUCAGCCGACUAGGGCAUCCAGCCCUGCUAUGAGUACUCUCUCAUUCCACCACUAUCAGUACAACCCUCCGUCACGACCAACGUCACGGGCCUCCGUGCGGAGUGAAGCCGCCCCGCCGCCUCAGCAACUGCACUUCAGCGAUCCUUAUGUAAUCGAGCAGCAGGAGGACGGACCCCCAAAGAAGAGGGCUCGAAUCACGCAAACCACGAGGCCUCGGAACACGCCGCUGAACGCCCAUAACGAUUCACUGCGAGUGACGGCCAGCACAGCAGCAUCUGUACGUCUCCUCAAACCUGCUCUUAGCACCUCAGGAGCUGCUUCAGACAUGGUGCCCCGUGCGCCAACCCCUCGCCCUGGCGAGAAGUUCGGUCAACGAGGAUCACGCCGCCCUCCAGCCCCAAGCACUUUAAGACAUGCAUCUAUGGAUGGAGGACGACCGUAUAUGUCUCCUUACGAGUCUAGUGCCUUCUCGGAUAAUGCACUGGAGUCGGCGGACGAGAGAGAUGGAAGCCCUGGAGAUACCCCAAUGCCUUCGUCGCCUCCUAUUGGACCGAAUCGAACCGCGUCACCCGAUGGUUCAAGCCCGAAUCUCCCAACACUGCCCCCGAAUGACUCCGGUUUCGUUAGCGAUAUGCCAACAAGCCGAGAUGGUAAUAGUAUGGAGCUUGACAAGCUUUGGCAUGAUGGAACAUUACAAGAGCAAUGCCGCAAGUCUAUUACACAGCCAGUCACUGAGAGCAUCGAGAUGGACAUGGGGACUGCUCAUGCCUUCGAUUUUGAUACCAUGGACCAGGAUAUCUUCAGCUCGGUAUAUUUCCAGGGUCAAGACACGAAUGACGAUAACGAUCUGACCGCAAGGCUUUCGAUGGCACAACAGAGUAACAAUCUUGACAAUCAGACUACCGACGCAUUCCAAAAGUCACGAGCUACAGUGUCGACAGCUGGCUCGCCUGAUGGUAUGGUGUCGCAGGUUUCACCCACAGCGGAAAGCGAAGCACCAGUCUACAGUCGCUCCGCUACCCCGAAUCCUCCCCCGAAGCAAACAAAGUCGUCCAAGCCAAGAGGACUUCCCAGGUCUCAUACAUGGUCUGGAGCUGAGCCCAUGUCUGAUGCACCUACACCGUCAGAAUACGGGUAUCCCCGAAGUGGAUCAGGUGCGAAGAGGAAAAGAAUCAUCAAGAACAAACUCGAUGCGGCUAUCCGGAAAGGCGAAAUGCCAACCCAUUGUGUAAACUGCGGAGAGAUCGACACAGUCACAUGGAGGAAAGCUUAUACACGUGUGGAGAAAGGCUCGCCCAAAGACAUCGAGCUAUCCACUGACUCAGCUGGCACCGACAUUAUCGCAUAUGAAGUAAUCGAACCGACAUCUGAGGAUGGCGAACUAAAAUACCGCAUCUUCAAGAACAACCUGACGCGCGAAGACAAGGACAUAGUAGCUGCAAAGUCCUCUGAUGCGUUCGAGGAGCUCAAUUUGUGCAACCCAUGUGGACUCUGGCUUAUCAAGAAGUUUUCGAUGAGACCGCAGAAGGUGUGGGAUAGAGCUGCGCGCCUCGCAAACCGAAAGAAGCAGCAGAAGGUAGCACGCUCUAAGUCUAUGAGCGGUGGUGACGAUCUCAUGUCUGACGCUGUCUUGCCUGAGUCUGAACCUGCCAUGCCUGCUGAACAAGAGCAGAGUGCUUCAUCUAUCGAUAGGACUCAUGACGGGACGAUGGCACCACCAGUUGUUGCGCCUAGCGCGCGUGGACUUGAUUCUGAAGCUGCACAGGCUGCUCUGGAACGAGCCCUUGAGUCCAGCCCUGUCGGAGUAAGAGGAAGCAAGGCAUCUCCCAUCGAAAUCGACCAAGAUCUUACGCCGAAGCCUACAAGGCGACUGCUUUUUCCUUCACCUAGGAAGCAAGGUCGGCGCAAGACUCUGGCUGAACCACCACCUGCCCCUGUCACUGAGCCAAUCGCCACUCCAAUGUACCUCCCUGACGAUGACGCACCUAAGAAGCCCCGUUGUCAACGAUGCAAGGAGCUCAAGAGAGGCUGUGACCGUGAGCGACCAUGUGGCCGUUGCGAAAACGCUGGUAUAGGUCACGACGGCUGCAUUCCAUGUGUGACAAAGCAAACGUAUUGGUUCGAGCAACCUGUGGUGCAAGUGGCUACCGUUGAUCAAGAAAACCCUGACAAGGAGAACUGCCCGCCUCCUACUGCAGAGGCAGAUGACCUGGCCCAUCUUUUCGAGGAUUCUGCCCCGCCAAAGACUACGCCGAAGAGCACACCUAAGAAGGACCAAAUAGCCCAAGACCCCUUGAAGACCCCUACUCCAAGCACGCGCAAACGCAUUGCCCUGACACCGAGGCGAGGUGCAGGGAACGGAGAUGCGCCUUCGACGCCAUCCCGUAAUAUCCUGACUCCUCGUACCACACGUGCGGCAACAGCUGCACCCGACACACCGUUCACCCGUCAACUCAACGCGCUGUUAUCUGACCACCCAAUCUCGUCACCUUCCCAGGCUAUUGAUUUUUCAGCCUUCCCUACAUUCACCACGCCCGGUCGCACUGAUGCUCAAUUUAGCGAGUUUUUGCCUGACGACUUUCUUUCCAGUGAUAUGCCUGCGAGCAGCUCGCCAUCGAAGAACGGCUCGCUGGGGCUUGGUUUUGACCUCUACGAAGAUCCAAACACGUCUACUGUGGGAUUAUGGAGUGGAGAUAACAUCUUCGACAACGAAACCAUGAUGUUGGACAUGAAGAAUGGCUCCAGGCGCGGUAGUGUAGAUGGAGAUGACGGACCAGAUGCCGCUACGUUGCUCAAGAUGAACGUCGGCGGUAUGACUGUUGACUUUGCCGCCAUGAUUGAGGAAGUUGUUGGUGCUGCCAACAAAGAGGCAGACCCGACCAAAGCCACGAGUAAAUACUCAGAAAAGGAUAUUAAGCUGGAGCCUGAGAGUCCAGAGGCUGAGAGUGAAGGCGCGGGCAAGACACCCGACGAGCCUACGGUUUGAGGCUUAGGACUUAUCACGGCGUUACGAUUCUACAUACCCAUCACUCUGAUUACCAAGGCGUUUAGCGAUCUGCGUAUUCAUGGCAUGAACAAACGAGGGAUGAUCAAUUUUGUAUACUAGUUCUUACACAUCUGCUCAGAGCUUAUGCUCAGCAGGCUGUUCGCAAAUAAGCGCGAUUCACGUCUUUAUAUACCCAAUAAACAGCUUAGAC